AUGGAUAACCUGGGUGAAACCUUCCUCAGCCUGGAGGAUGGCCUGGACUCUUCUGACACCGCUAACCUGCUGGCCUCCUGGGACUGGAAAAGCAGAGCCAGGCCCUUGGAGCUGAUCCAGGCGUCCCCGACUCAAAGCCUCUCCCCAGUUCCUUCUCUGGAGUCCUACUCUGAGGUUGCAUUGCCCUGUGGGCACAGUGGGGCCAGCACGGAAGGCAGCGAAGGCUACAGCAGUCACGAGGCUGGCGGCUUAGCAGAGUUGGAUUAUAGCAUGUUGGCUUUCCAACCCCCGUAUCUACACACGGCUGGGGGUCUCAAAGGCCAAAAAGGCAGCAAAGUCAAGAUGUCUGUCCAGCGGAGACGAAAGGCCAGUGAGAGAGAGAAACUCAGGAUGCGGACCUUGGCAGAUGCUCUCCACACGCUCCGAAAUUACCUGCCCCCUGUCUACAGCCAGAGAGGCCAGCCGCUCACCAAGAUCCAGACACUCAAGUACACCAUCAAGUACAUUGGGGAACUCACAGACCUUCUCAAUGGCAACGGCGGGAGAGAGCCCAGGCCGCAGAGCGUGUGA